CGGCGGACCCCCGGUUUCCUCGCUGUCCCGGGACCGGUGUGCGGGAGGAGGCGGCACGUUGGAGAAGUUCGUUUUGCAGGUGGUGGACCUGGGCCGGAACGAGGAAUCCAGGCCUAGGGGAGGAGCUGGUGAGGGGAUGGGAGGCCCAGAUAAUGGACCAUGGGAGAGCUGUGUGCUGUAUAAUAACCACCAUAACCACUUACCGACUGUGCUGUAUAAUAACCACCAUAACCACAUACCGACUGUGCUCUAUAAUAACCACCAUAACCACUUACCGACUGUGCUGUAUAAUAACCACCAUAACCACUUACCGACUGUGCUGUAUAAUAACUACCAUAACCACUUACCAACUGUGCUCUAUAACUACCAUAACCACAUACCGACUGUGCUGUAUAAUAACCACCAUAACCACUUACCGACUGUGCUCUAUAACUACCAUAACCACAUACCGACUGUGCUGUAUAAUAACCACCAUAACCACUUACCGACUGUGCUCUAUAAUAACCACCAUAACCACUUACCGACUGUGCUCUAUAACUACCAUAACCACAUACCGACUGUGCUGUAUAAUAACCACCAUAACCACUUACCGACUGUGCUGUAUAAUAACCACCAUAACCACUUACCGACUGUGCUGUAUAAUAACCACCAUAACCACUUACCGACUGUGCUCUAUAACUACCAUAACCACAUACCGACUGUGCUGUAUAAUAACCACCAUAACCACUUACCGACUGUGCUCUAUAAUAACCACCAUAACCACUUACCGACUGUGCUCUAUAACUACCAUAACCACAUACCGACUGUGCUGUAUAAUAACCACCAUAACCACUUACCGACUGUGCUGUAUAAUAACCACCAUAACCACUUACCGACUGUGCUCUAUAAUAACUACCAUAACCACAUACCGACUGUGCUGUAUAAUAACUACCAUAACCACUUAGCGACUGUGCUGUAUAAUAACCACCAUAACCACAUACCGACUGUGCUCUAUAAUAACUACCAUAACCACUUACUGACUGUGCUGUAUAAUAACCACCAUAACCACUUACCGACUGUGCUCUAUAACUACCAUAACCACUUACCGACUGUGCUGUAUAAUAACCACCAUAACCACUUACCGACUGUGCUCUAUAAUAACUACCAUAACCACUUACCGACUGUGCUGUAUAAUAACCACCAUAACCACUUACCGACUGUGCUGUAUAAUAACCACCAUAACCACUUACCGACUGUGCUGUAUAAUAACUACCAUAACCACAUACCGACUGUGCUCUAUAAUAACCACCAUAACCACAUACCGACUGUGCUGUAUAAUAACUACCAUAACCACAUACCGACUGUGCUGUAUAAUAACCACCAUAACCACUUACCGACUGUGCUCUAUAAUAACUACCAUAACCACUUACCGACUGUGCUGUAUAAUAACUACCAUAACCACUUACCGACUGUGCUGUAUAAUAACCACCAUAACCACAUACCGACUGUGCUCUAUAAUAACUACCAUAACCACUUACUGACUGUGCUGUAUAAUAACCACUUACCGACUGUGCUCUAUAACUACCAUAACCACUUACCGACUGUGCUGUAUAAUAACCACCAUAACCACAUACCGACUGUGCUCUAUAAUAACUACCAUAACCACUUACUGACUGUGCUGUAUAAUAACCACCAUAACCACAUACCGACUGUGCUCUAUAAUAACUACCAUAACCACUUACUGACUGUGCUGUAUAAUAACCACCAUAACCACUUACCGACUGUGCUCUAUAACUACCAUAACCACAUACCGACUGUGCUGUAUAAUAACCACCAUAACCACAUACCGACUGUGCUCUAUAAUAACUACCAUCACCACUUACCAACUGUGCUGUAUAACUACCAUAACCACAUACCGACUGUGCUCUAUAACUACCAUAACCACAUACCGACUGUGCUCUAUAACUACCAUAACCACUUACCGACUGUGCUGUAUAAUAACUACCAUAACCACAUACCGACUGUGCUGUAUAAUAACUACCAUAACCACAUACCGACUGUGCUCUAUAAUAACCACCAUAACCACAUACCGACUGUGCUGUAUAAUAACUACCAUAACCACAUACCGACUGUGCUGUAUAAUAACUACCGUACUCACAUACCGACUGUGCUCUAUAAUAAUCACAUACCGACUGUGCUGUAUAAUAACUACCAUAACCACAUACCGACUGUGCUGUAUAAUAACUACCGUACUCACAUACUGACUGUGCUCUAUAAUAAUCACAUACCGACUGUGCUGUAUAAUAACUACCGUAACCACUUACCGACUGUGCUGUAUAAUAACCACCAUAAUCACAUACCGACUGUGCUGUAUAAUAACUACCAUAACCACAUACCGACUGUGCUCUAUAAUAACCACCAUAACCACAUACCGACUGUGCUCUAUAAUAACCACCAUAACCACAUACCGACUGUGCUCUAUAACUACCAUAACCACUUACCGACUGUGCUGUAUAAUAACUACCGUAACCACUUACCGACUGUGCUGUAUAAUAACCACCAUAACCACAUACCGACUGUGCUGUAUAAUAACUACCAUAACCACAUACCGACUGUGCUCUAUAAUAACUACCAUAACCACAUACCGACUGUGCUGUAUAAUAAGCACUAUAGCCACAUACAGACUGUGCUGUAUAAUAAGCACUAUAGCCACAUACAGACUGUGCUGUAUAAUAAGCACUAUAGCCACAUACAGACUGUGCUGUAUAAUAAGCACUAUAGCCACAUACAGACUGUGCUGUAUAAUAAGCACUAUAGCCACAUACAGACUGUGCUGUAUAAUAAGCACUAUAGCCACAUACAGACUGUGCUGUAUAAUAACCACUAUAGCCACAUACCGGCUGUGCUCUAUAAUAACCACUAUAGCCACAUACCGGCUGUGCUCUAUAAUAACCACUAUAGCCACAUACCGGCUGUGCUCUAUAAUAACCACUAUAGCCACAUACCGACUGUGCUCUAUAAUAACCACUAUAGCCACAUACCGACUGUGCUCUAUAAUAACCACUAUAGCCACAUACCGACUGUGCUCUAUAAUAACCACUAUAGCCACAUACCGACUGUGCUCUAUAAUAACCACUAUAGCCACAUACCGACUGUGCUCUAUAAUAACCACUAUAGCCACAUACCGACUGUGCUCUAUAAUAACCACUAUAGCCACAUACCGACUGUGCUCUAUAAUAACCACUAUAGCCACAUACCGACUGUGCUCUAUAAUAAACACUGGGAGCUGGACUCCCAUAACCACAUACCGACUGUAAUGGGAUAUGGUACCAUAACCACAUACCGACUGUGCUGUAUAAUAAACACUGGGAGCUAGACUCCCAUAACCACAUACCGAUUGUACUGGGAUAUGUGCACCAUAACCACAUACCGAUUGUACUGGGAUAUGGGCACCAUAACCACAUACCGACUGUACUGGGAUAUGGGCACCAUAACCACAUACUGACUGUACUGGGAUACAGUCAGUAUGUGGUUAUUCCUCUUGUUGCAUUGCUGUACGGGUUAACCGAGUGCUCUCUUAGACUAAUUUUAUAUAGUGCUGAUUUCAAUUGAAAUUCAAAUUUCACCCUGCUGUCAAUCAGUGAGUACUCAAAGCCGUAGAAGCUUUUUAUUGGCACAGAGCAGUUAUUGUGGACAUGUCCCAUAGAACCCAAAUGAUUCUCUAUAGCAAGAAUUGGAUGUAUAUAAAUACUGCAUGUGCUGCCCUACUAAUUUAAAUGUAAUAUUUUUAUUUUUUUCUUCUUCAUGCAGUUGGAGAUGUAAGCCUGCAAAAUGGCAGAAAAAUGUAACACAAACGAAGACCUGGACAUGAUUAGUUUUUUUGAUGUUUAUAGUAAGUAUUGUGUGGGUGGGGUUGAAAUCUUUUUGUGCUUCUAUACUAAUAAAGGGACUGUAUUCCUAGUGAUUGGUAUAGAAAACUUGAUCUAACUCUGACUACUUCUUCCCAUUUUUUAUUUAUUUAUUUUUUUUCUGUGUUUGGGGGGAGGGGGUAAUUGUCUGGAAGAAAGUGUUGGCAUAAGGCAAACAAGGGGUUAUUUUGUCAUGUAGACAUGAUGAUGUUUUGCAAAGCGCAGAGCUGUUAUUUGGGAGCGAUGGCUAAUGGAAAUAGGCAUUAUGUCAUGUGAUGCGCAAUCAAUUACAAUGUUAUUUUAGAGCACAUAUGCAAGAUCUAUGAGGAUCAUUUAUAGACAACAUUUUAUCCUCUCACAGCUCCUGGCAGAUUAAGCCAGAAGAGCUAAAGACUGAUUUAGAAAAUUAAGGUGUUGUUGCCAAACAGUGAGAGGUUUCCACUGACACUUCUGUGUGUAAACAGCACAAGUGUCCGAACAAAGGCACUUUAAAAAUGAUGGAAUAAGAAUCUGCAUAGUCUCCACCAGUUCAUCUUUGACAGUUUACAGUUUCCUUCCUUGUCAAGUAUGGACCAUUGACUGUUGUAGUGAUUAACCCUAACAGAGUUAUUCCCAAAAUCGGGAAUUGGACAAGAAUAUUGAAAGUUUUAUUCCAAAAUACUUUAAAUAGGGUUGCAAACUCCAACUCUGCUUUUAUUCCAACUCUGAUAUUCCUUAAAUUUGCAGUUCCCAUUUAAAUCCCAACAAUUUCAUCUUGUUAUGGUUUUUAACAAAGUGAAUUCAAAUGUUUUAGGCCACAGUAACAGAAUUGGACCAAUUUUCCAGGUCAAGAGGUAGUAAAGCGGCUGUAAAGUGUUUAAUAUCUUUAAAUAAAUCGUAUCUACAAUCAUAUAUUACAAGAAGUGUUCAUUUUUUAUUUUAUUUUUUUACUCCAUAACCUAUUUAAAAUCCUAUAAGUCUUACUUGGAACUCAGUGCCCAGCCAAGUUCUUCCAAUCUUUUCCACACCUUCUUAUAUGUCAAUGCUGCGUCAUUGCCUUCUAGGUUAUGGUCCAUUCAAACCUUGUCACAGAGAAGCAUUAACAUACCUCGUGUUCAGCGAUUGCGUCAAUCAGACAGUAGGACAAGGAGGGAUGGAAUGUGGGUCUUAAGGUGCAGAAGGGGGACUAAGUGGUAGACAUGCUUAUUGAAUAAUGGAUAAAUAGGUGUGAUGGCUUUGAUGGCUGCAAUGACCUAGGUGAGUGAAAAAUUAGAUCUGUGGCUUUUACUUAGACUGUGCAUGAGAGCCACACAGUCCUAUAGGCUUCUAUUUGCAGGCACGCUAACAGCACUGCACAUGCUGAUUGCAUUCUCCUUGACCACUUCUAAAAGCAGAAGUGGUCAUAGAGGUUGCGCUAACUCUUUAAAAUGAAUCAUCAAUAUUAUUUUAUUUAUUUUUGUAUUCAGGCUCUCCAGCAAAAAGUGAGGCCAGUUCCCUGGAUAUAUACGAUGGAUUGGAUACAACAUUUUCAGGUAGGCAUUAUACAUUUCUGGUACUAGCUGGGCAAGGGAAUCAGGAGUAUAUAUUCAAGAAAUAUUGAUUAUCUAUGUGUAUUUAUUUUGUUUGUUUGUAGUAUACUACAGUUUAACACUACUUUUAUUAAGUAUACUGAACAUUUCUGACAAGAAUAAGCUUUGUAUGUAUAGGGACACACCUAGACCACUUCACCUCAUUGAAGUGGCCUCAAUGCAGUGUCUCUGUCCCUGUAAAUGUUUACAUUGCAGGGUUAAGACAACCUCUAGGGGCACUACCUGCAAUCUUAUGGAGUUGGACAUCCUCCCAUGAGGUCCUUUGCAUGAGGACAUCCAGCAUCUUCAAAAUCCCAAUGGGAAAGCAUUGAUUCAGUAAUUUUCUAUGUGGAAGGUCUAAUGCGCUCAGCAUUUGCUGCUCAUAUGCAUUCGCUUCCCCCAUCAGCAUAACAUUUCAGUAUUUCCUGGAGAAGGAAAUCAAUCCAGGACUGAGGGAGCUUGGAAUCAGGUUAAUUGAGUAAAGCGUUUUUAACACUUCAGUCACCUGGUGGGGGUUCGCAAAGGAAAGACUAGAGUUAGGAAUACAGUUUUGUAUUCCUAAUGAUAUAUACCCAGAUAUUGAGAUCCGACACAAAGAAGAAAAAAUAAAGGGAAAGGAAGUAUACUUAUUAAGGUACUGGUGGCCCGAAGGAAAGGACAACCGAAAAUGAAAGGAAAAAAUAUAUAUAAGGCUGCUUUAAUAAGAUUUUAUUAAACACUGUUAACAGGAGAGGCAACUAACUAAAUACCAGUCUGUAGUAGACCAGAUAGCAGUUGGAAUUCUUGGAGUCUUGACUCUUUCUCACUAAAAAUAAAAGUGCAUGUCAUAACAACAUAUUGGGUGCACACAAAAGCUUAUUUUAUGACAUUUGCUGUUGCAUAGAAGGUAUGACAUGGCACAGUUUUGGCAAGUUACUGUAUACAGAUUUAGUCAAUGAUCUCCUUAAAAUAUCAAAGGAACUCUGUUCUGAUUAAAUAUAUAAAGAUUAGAUUGACACCCCCUGAAUUAAAAUGAAAAACUUUUUUUAAGUUCAGCUUUGUCUCACUUCAGGAGUUGCUCUUUCUACUGUGAGAUCAUCGGUGAUGAUCUUGGGCAAAGACAGAGCUUCUCUGGCGUGAUGAUGAAGACAUUUAAUUGUUGAAAGUCAUCACUAAGAUGUUCCUCUAGUGGCUCUCUGACAACUGGUAGAGGCAUGAUGACUGGGAAAUGUAAGCAUUGUCCUCUCAGAAAUGACACUUACAUUUCGUAAAACUGCAGAGACAGUCUAUUACAUUAUGAUAUUACCGUAUGUUUUUUUUGUUUUUUUUAGUGUGUCUUUUAAAUUGUGGGGCAGUUAAGCUGGCAGAAUGGUGCCUAAAUGGGCAGUAUGGUACCCUAAACAACUUUCUUACAAAAGUGCUUUAGGGAUUAACUCUUUAUCAUCUCUGCAUUCUUUUUUUUUAAAGUACAGAUUUCAAGAGAAAUUAGCACUUUUCAUAUCCUGAAGUAGCACCUCCUCCUGUCAAGCAGACAGCUGAUGGAAGGGGUGGGGGGGGUGGGGUGGCUUUCCUAUUUAACAAACUUUGAAAUGUUCUUCAAGUAGUAAGAGUACUUCUCAUAAGAGGUGUAUAGCUGACAGAUAGCAGCUGUUGCUGCCGAUGUGCAUUGUGUCCCACUGCUUCUUUAUGAAGCAAGUUUCUUAGACACUUCUUUUUUCUAAGUGCUACUUUAAUUAUUAUUAUUUUUUUUUUUAUUAUUAUUAUUUGUUGGCAAAAAGUAACAAAGAAUUUUUUUUCAGGGGAACUUCCAGAAUCUAGCACACCUUCAAGGGACUGCCUUGAUUUAUAUGAGGAGAUUAUUACAGAAGAAGUUGCUGCAAAAGAAGCUUCGUUCAAUGAUGUAUGUAUCUGAAAUCCAGUUUCUCAACCUGCAAGCUCUCUUAUGGAGUACUUCUCAAGUGGCAGUUUAAUUUCAGAAAUCCAUGAUGAUUGUGUGAACUAUUUAUUGAUUAUUACUCCCUUUUUUUUUUUUUUUUUGUGAUACCUGACUCAAGAGAUCGGUUUCUAGUGGUUAAAUUUUUUUUAGCUAAACUGUGGUAUAGGAUAUUUUGUAAAAUGUUAAAUACCUGACAGGAUGCCAAGUAAUAUUCCAUCUGAGCUUGUAUAGACCAUUUUAAAUGGGUAAAAUAAAUUAUAAUUUUAUAAAGAACAAGUCGAUGAACCAGUAAACACUAAAACAGUCUGGAGAAUAGUGGUAUUAUUAUGGUCAUUUCUUCUGAGGAGAAUGUUAACAGGACACACCAGCUUGCAGAGGUGCUUAAUGUUUGAAGUGUGUCCUCUUUGUAAAUGGGGGGAAAAAAAGAAUAGGUGCAGAUUAAUAGAAAUUGGCACAUCUAUAAAUUAACCUUGUUAACAGCCUGUUGACUAUCAGACCCCCUGUCCUCUUACUUCUUGGUACUUUAUCUCUGGAGCUAAACUCAAAUCUUGGAAAUACUUUUCAUUUUAGCUGCAGUGCAAAGUCUGUGAUUGGACAUCCACAGAAAGUCUGGACUCGGUUAGAAAGGAGGGCUUGAAAAAGCAGCACACAUUUUUUCUAUUUCUAUUAAUGAAAAUUAAAAAAAUUGAUACUUUUAGUCUGUUUUUGUGUAUUAUUUGGUAAUACAUGCAUAUAAAUUAAUACCACUUUUCAGUGCAUCGCCUCACUGAUGCUUGCUCAUUUAUUGAUGACUGCUUUCCUUGUUUAUUUUGCUAAAUAUUUCCAUUUUUUUUUUCUUAUAGUUGCAAUCUGAGUAUGAAAAGUGUCAGAAAAAAAUGAAAAUCCUAAUAAGCAAAUUCAAGGAAAUACAAUUACAGGUAUAUUGUUAAAUUAAUAAUUUUUUUUUUUUUAAUACUUUUAUGGAGUAAUGCACUUUCUAUUUCUAAUUUAUAUAGUUAUGAAUAUCAGUUCUUAUUAUUGAAUUAUGUAAUACGUUGAUAAAAAUGUGAUGUUCCUGUUUUGUACUUUCAUUAAUGACAACUGCAUUUAACCUUCUUAUUCUUUACACCACUCACUCAGAAAUGUCAACAAUAUUUAAAGGAACACUGUAGUCUCCUAAAUUACUUUAGCUAAAUAAAGCAGUUUUAGUGUAUAGAUCAUUCCCUUGCAAUUCACUACUCAAUUCACUGUCAUUUAGGAGUUAAAUCACUUUGUUUCUGUUUAUGCAGCCCUAGCCACACCUCCCCUUGCUAUGAUUGACAGAGCCUGCAUGAAAAAAAAAAAACUGGUUUCACUUUCAAAACAGAUGUAAUUUACCUUAAAUAAUUGUAUCUCAAUCUCUAAAUUGAACUUUUAAUCACAUACAGGAGGCUCUUGCAGUGUCUAGCAAGCUAUUAACAUAGCAGGGGAUAAGAAAAUCUUAAUUAAACAGAACUUGCAAUAAAGAAAGCCUAAAUAGGGCUCUGUUUACAGGAAGGGUUUAUGGAAGGCUGUGCAAGUCACAUGCAGGGAGGUGUUACUAGGGUUCAUAAACAAAGGGAUUUAACUCCUAAAUGGCAGAGGAUUGAGCAGUGAGGCUGCAGGGGCAUGUUCUAUACACCAAAACUGCUUCAUUAAGCUAAAGUUGUUCAGGUGACUAUAGUGUCCCUUUAAUUAAAAGUGGUCCCUGCUAUAUAAGAUGAACAGAGGAACUGAAGACUAAGGCCCUGAUUAUCAAAGGAUAUAUAUAUAUGUGUGUGUGUGUGUGUAUGUAUGUGUGUGUAUGUGUAUAUAUAUAUAUAUAUAUAUAUAUAUAUAUAUAUAUAUAUAUAUAUAUAUAUAUAUAUAUAUAUAUAUAUAUAUAUAUAUAUAUAUAUAAUAUAUAUGGGUCGAAAUAUCUUGAUAAAGACCCUAUUGGGUCGAAACGUUGAUGACUGAUUUUUUCAACACCGGAUUAUAAACUAGUUUGAAAAAUCCCUUGGAGUGCUCCUUCAUUGAUUAUACAUACCGAGGCUUGGAAGCACCCGGGUAAUUUCUGUACUUUAUUUUGGAUUUAAAGGAAGAGUGCCAGAGUUUGCUUUUAUUUAUAUAUAUAUAUAUAUAUAUAUAUAUUAUUUUUGAGCUAUUCUAAAAGUUUAUCCAAAAAUAUUAAAUCCAUUUAAAAGUGUAUCUAAAUAUAGUAAAUCAAAGUAAGAGCACCACAAUAAUGUAUACAAAUGACAGUGUGCUAAAACACCAUACAUUACUUACUACAGCCACUUUUACAAACCACUUAUUAUAUAUGUUCCUUUUUUCUUUUUUAAGCAGCUAUUCUGGAGUUUCAUAUUACAUGCUCAACUUUGUGCUUUUACAUAGCUUAUCAUUUAGAUAAAUGUCCUGUGUGACAUAUUGUGUAUAGUAGGAUCAGGGAGCAGCACCUGUGAUGGAAUUCCCACGCUCGGAGCGAUACGGAGGAGGGAAGGAAAAAGACACUGAUAUAGUGUAGUAUGUUAGGAUCUUAAGUGGUAGUAAAUGAAGAGAAAGGAAUUGCACUUACAAUUUUCCUUUCUCUUCAUUUACUAUCACUUAAGAUCAUAACAUACUACACUAGAUCAGAGUCUUUUUGCUUCUCUUCUCCAUAUCGCUCUGAGCGUGGGAAUUCUAUCACAGGCGCUGAUCCUACUAUUUACACCCAUCUUACCACCAGGAAAAAAAGAGACUCUGGUUUUUGGGAAGUUUCAAAAGCCACAUACUAUAAUUACAAGUACUGCUAUUCCACCCACACCUAUAUUGUGUAUAGUGUUGAAGAUAUGUGAUUUGUUUUGUCAUAUAUAUUUUGUCUGCCUAACAAAUAAUAGAUUAUAGUACUGGUAAUUAAGUCAGGGUUUUCUUUUAGUCUGAAGAACAUUUAUAGACGAUGGGGAAGAGCUUUGAAGAUUUUUUAAAAACAGUUUAUUGUACAUAAAACUACAGUGUUGACACAAGCACAAAAAAGGAGAGGUCUUGGGGGCGGAGCAUGACAGCCAACCGGGGCAAAUGCAGAUACUGACCAAUUUUAAGGAGUAUCCUACCUCAUUUUCUACAGCAAACCUGCUCUCUUUGCUUAACUAAGCUAUAUCUACAGUCUGAACAAGUCUGAGAAGACAUUACAACCAGUGUUGCUAGUCCUGGCAGCCUAAAGUAUCAGAUUGGGUGGAGGGGACGGCAUAUCCUUCGCUUCACAAAUUUCUGGCUUGUUUUUGGGCCCUUUUGGACUGCUGGUAGUCCUGUUUAACAAACUUUGAAAUGCUCUUCAAGUAGUAAGAACCAGUGGUAUUCUUUCUCUUGUAUAACAUCAGCGUGUUUGUGAUCGUGGGUACUAUGCCCUUCUCCAGAAUAAUAGGCAAACAGUGCUUCAAUCUUGCACUGUUUUUGUUCUCCCUCACUUAUCGAAUAGCACUGUGUUCUUUUAUUCAUGUUACUAUAAAAAUGUGCACCCUAACAAAUGUGUUUUAUUUGUGGGAUAUAUUUGUCAUUUGACCAAUCUUAUAACUGUGAAUGUUUCACAGGAUGUAUCUAUGCACUUUAAAAAGAAAAAACAAUCUACAUAAAAAAGGUCCUAGUUGGACUGGAGUGUACCACUCCAGUCCAACUAGAACCUUUGUUUUUUCAAGUGAUUAGUAUUAUGAUGGUUGAUUGAGUUCAUGUCUGUGUUCUGCUUCUUCGUGUAACUGUGGAAGACCAUUUUAAGUGUAAUUGUGUUUAUAUUCUCUUGCAAUAGAACACAAACUUGCAGAAUGAAAAUCAGUGCUUGAAGAAGAAUAUUUCAGCUCUCAUAAAAACAGCAAGAGUAGAAAUUACUCGCAAACAGGAAGAAAUUGACCAGCUCACCCAGAGGUAAUAAUGGUUUAUGAUUUGGUAAUUGGAUUUUACUGAAUUAUCUUAAUGUGUCCAUUAUUAACAUAUACGUUGUAAAUCCUUUUUAGAAUGUAUGUUACCUUUCCUCCCUUUUUCCAAAUGUAAAAAAAUAUUGAAACUGCAAUAGAUGACCAAAUUACCCACCCAGACAUUUCAGCCAUAUACAAAUUUCUUAUUCCCAAAAGUCAUAAAUAUAUUGUAGUUCAGGGCAAACAUGGUGCCAAUGGCUGUUCCCUUUAAUUGCAAAUAAAACUAAUCUAUAACCCAAAAUUAUUUAUAAUAAUCCAAUCUAUACACUGUAAAAUAAAUGACGCUGCUCAACAGACAUGCCCACUUUUUCCCCAAAACAUAUUUCACUGACUCCCUUAUUCUUCUAAAUUGUAGUGUACAUAGAACUGACUUUACAAGUUGCUAACCUAUAUCUACUUCUCCAUUCAGUGUUUUUAUCAAUUAGACCAGUCAUGUUGGUUUUAUCUUUUAAAAAUACUUUGUUUUUGAUGAUAUGGUAUUCAUUUUGGAGCUUAUAGUCUUCGUAUUCAGACAAAUGUUAAGAGAUCACUAAAGCCACCCUCAAAACGACAGGUCUCCCUGGUGGGUUUUUUCAUAUUCUUAUGUAGUUUUGGCAAAACGUAAAAGGGAUUUUAGCGUAUUGAACAAUAAGAAUACUACUAUUUAAAAUAUUCUGCUUCCUGCAAUUAUCUUGUUUUUCUUUUUCAUUUCAGUAACAAUGUAUGUGUUUACUGCCUAAAUUAACACCACGACAAUAUCGAGGUGUGCAUACUUGGUCAGAUUUGUGUCUACCCACUUUCCUGGACUGCACUGCCCCCUCUUGUUAUAAACCAAUAUUCAAUACAUUUACUUUAAAAUUACAAGUUUAUAUUUACAUUGUUUUUGUUUUUAUUUCCUCUUGUAGUUUAUUGGCAUCUUCUAGGAUACGUGGUGGCUAUCCCAUUCCUGCACUGAUAAAGAGCUCGCAUGUGAUAAAAUCAAAAGUUGACACGAGGUGCAGAGACUUGAGAACAAAAAAUGUGGAGAAUGUUGUUAGAACUGAAGUUAAAGACCAAGUCCAUUCUUCUGAAGGAACUAUGUGUACUAGUGCUAGUAAUAUUUCUGAAAAAGAGACUUUUGAUACUUCAUCUAGAGAUUCUAGAGCAAAGAAUGUUGAUAGUACUGUAAGAACAGAGUUUAAAGUUCAAGGCCAUUCUCCCGAAAGCAAAAAAUAUCGCAACUUUACUAAAUGUACUUCUGAAAGCGCAAAAAAUGUGGAGAGUGUUAUAAGAACGGACAUUACAAUCCAAGACAUUAACUCUGAAGGCAAUAUUUGUGGUUAUUCCAGUAAAAAAACUUCUGAAAAGGAAACCAUGGAGGCAAUCAUUACUGGCUCACGAUCAACACAUUUGGAAAGUUUUAUAACUGACGUUAAAGCGCAAAGCAGUUCUUCUGAAAGCAAUAUAUGUAAUAAUAUUAAAAAAAAUCUUUUAGAAAAGGAAAAGUUAUCAGAUUCUGCAGAAAGUAGUAUGCAAAGUACCCCAAAAUGUUCAAAUAUUAAGCUACACAUGGAAAGUUUAGAAUCCCCUUUACAGAAGCUGAUGUCUGAGUGGCACCAAGACGCAAAGGACAAGAAAACAAGGAAAGAAAAGGACACCGAUUACCAGGUUAAGGACAGUGACCAAAGACGGCGGAAGGAGGAACGGCAGUAUACUAACAGUACUUUAGCAAAUAAAAACCGAAGCUUUGACCUUAGGGACAAGUUACAAGAGUGGAGUUCAAACAGAGGAAAAAGUGAAGGUGGGCAAGAAAGCCGAAGCACAAAGUCUGAUAUGAAUUAUGACAUAAGCACUAGAAAAUGUUUUACUUCAAGCUCUUGCGACAAACCAGGCACUUCAAGAGAGAGAAAGCAUUUUAGAGAUGAAUCACGUCAAAGAGAUAGGCAUAAAAACACCUGCGAGAAUUCAGAACGCAAGAGGGAGUCUAGAAAUUAUAAGAGAGACAGAGACACAGAUUAUAGAAAGAGAUCAGAAGAAACAGAAGAUAAUCUGCUGCGAAGGUCUAAACGAACUCCAAUUUUAUAUUCCAAUGACGAAAAAUCCUCAAAUUCACACUGUGAUUUCAAUGAUCAAAGGAAUAGUAGUGAUCCUGCUGGAAGAGAAAAGCACUUAUUUCAGUACAAUAAUGAAAUUAAGUCAUCAUACAAUAAAGAAUCAAAUUCAGGCGUGCAUAAUAAAAAUGAAAUGACCACACCUAAAAAUGAUAAGAAUAUCCGAGAAAACAAAAGUACAAAACAUGAUCGCGAUAAAAGAGGUGAUGGAAAAAAACGGUCACAGCAGGAUCGAGAUCUAGGCAAGAAUGAAAGUAAAGAACACAAGGAAAAAAUUACCACUCAAUCUCCAAAUAAAAGACACCAUACAAAUAUCUGUGGAACAGAACAGCCUGGAAUUUCUGGGAGCAGAAGUACAAUUCAUAUCGAGAAAGAGUCACUUGGUGACAAACAACCAAACACCAAGAAAGAUUUAAAGUUGUCUUUUAUGGAAACUCUUAACCUAACACUUUCUCCUGCAAAAAAGAAUUCUCAGUGUGAAGUGGACACAACUUUACCUGACAUAAAAUGCAAUACCAGUGUAUCAAAAGUGAUUAUAGAGUCAUCUCUUGAUCUAUGUCUAAGAAGUACACAGGAACCAAACUCCAAACAGCAUUUAGGUAGCACUUUGAGUGCGGUCUCAAAAACAGAUGUAGAAUUACAGCAUUUAAAUAGCUCUAGAGAUGCUGUCUCGGAAAUCAGUAUACUAAAACCUCACUCAGAUGUCUCUCGAGAUGGUGCAAAGACUAAUGCACCAAAAGAGCAUUUAGACAGCCCUAGAGAAGCUGUCUCAAAGACUGAUGCACCAAAAGAGCGCUUAGACAGCUCUGGAGAUGUUGUGUCAAAUAUGGAUACACCAAAAGAGCAUUUAGACAGCCCUGGAGAUGCUGUCUCAAAGACUGAUGCACCAAAAGAGCAUUUAGACUGCCCUGGAGAUGUUGUGUCAAAUAUGGAUACACCAAAGGAGCAUUUAGACAGCACUGGAGAUGCUGUCUCAAAGACUGAUGCACCAAAAGAGCAUCUAGACUGCCCUGGAGAUGUUUUGUCAAAUAUGGAUACACCAAAGGAGCAUUUAGACAGUCCCAUAUAUCCAGAUUUAAAAAUGGAUGUACAAAGUACAACUGAAGAGAUGAAAGUUGAUUUUAAAUUAAAAGAGACCGCUUCAUGUGACUCUGAAAGCAUUGCAGAUCAACCAGAGAUUAAUAGGAAAAUUAUGCAGACACAAAUUCUUGAAGGUGCCUUACAAACGACUGUUGCAGGAACCAAUGCAACUCCUACAAAAAUAUCUCGAACUUAUCUCAUACGUGAAGCUGAUGACGUGUGUUCACUAAGCCCUCAGGAGGUGGAGAACAGUAGUUUUGUAGAUCUUGUAGAACUGGGGUCCUUUAUUGAAAUUGACAAAUGCAGUGGAAGUGAUAGCCCUCUGCCGUCUAAUACAAGCAAAGACGUUAUUAUUGACCUCUGCCAGGAAGAGGACUCCUCUGAUGAUGCUGACAGCAAUACAAACAAUUCCAAGUCAAGUGUAAAUGAGAGGUCAAAAGGUAUAUAUAAAUCCUCAAAUAUUGAUCUUCUAGACUUAAACAAGCAAGGAGCCGAAUAUAAAUCUGACGAGGAAAGCUCCAUAAUGAGCAUUGACUUAAAUGUUCUGAGGAACAUUCCUAAAGUCAUCAGCCCUCUGACCAGCCCAGAAAAGCCUUUAGGCAAGCUGCACAAAGUUAAGGGCACAGCAAAGGCUUCUAUAGUGAGAGUUUUGAAGAAAGGUACUUUUUUAAUCCUUUUUUUUUUUUUUUUUUGGGUUGUUUACUAUACACUUCUAAAACCAGUUCUCAAGGGCCUCCGACUCGCCAGCUUUUAUUUGUUAAACCUACUGUAACAGAGCAAGGGCAUCUUCAAUUCCCAAAUCAUUGCAAUCAUUGAGGAUUGAUUUCAGAACUACUGCAUUAAACAAGUUGUAGUGAAUUAUCAAUUGACUUGUCAGUUGAAGAUCCUUUUUUAACUUUGCUUCAGGUAGCUUAGUUGUCAACUCACCACAAUUUUACUUUGUUUUGAAAUAAAUUCACCAAACAGGCACUCAAGACUGGAGUUGACGUACCUCCCCAUUUUUAUUAGAUUAUGGUGAUAAUGCCAAGCAUAACCACCAGGCAUGUGCCCCUCCCGCCUCUCCUCUUUUGUUAUGGAGAGCUGGGAGCUAACAUAAAAGGUCAGCUCAUUGGCCAAGAGCAUUAGUUAAACGUGCUUUCUCUGUUUUGGCUUAACUCUGGCAGAUAACUUCAGGCUGCAUUGAGGCUGGGGGCAGUUCUUGGUGAUGCCCAGGCAAGAAGUCAAAUCAUUCACAAACCGUUGGAAAUUUAUAGUUUGUUUGUUUAAAAAAAAAAAAAAGGUUUUAUAUCAAAUCGGUUUUCCUUUAGAAUGUCCAUUAUUUACUGUAGCUGUAGAUAUGGCUGAAACCUUCUGACAUAAAGGAGCAAAAAUAGUUUGGCCAUCCUGUGAUUUUGGGGGGCAAUUUUCACUUAAUAGUAAGUCACAUCUUUAAUCCUCAGAAUGUGCUACAUCUGUGCUGAUUCUGGGAAGAAGAUUCAGGAAUAUGUUACCUGGGUCUCCCUUCUUUCAGCUAGGGAUGAAUUUCUGCAGGAAAAAAAGGAAAUUUGGGGUGGAGGGGGCACACCCAGAACAUGCAUUUCUUAGUAGUGGUUCUGCACAUAGACCAAAAUAAAUGCAAAAUACAGAUUGAGGAACAAUGUACGGACACCAAAAAAUAAAAUUUUAAUAUUUUACAAGGCUACUUAAAAUCAUGGAAUACAAAUCUAGUAAUUUAAUUACACUACAUGACCUUUUCGUGUUAAAGAACCCUUAAAGCUCGUCAGCUUGCUGAAAAGCUUUAUGUGAAGAGUAUGUGGUAUUUUUUCACUUUGCAAAAAGUGCAGUUUUCAAUAGAACUUGCCGUUUUUAAAAUAUUUUACCUGGUUCCACUACUCUGGCUGUCAAUUAGUCAGCAGGUCCUGUUACUUGCUGGUUUGGUUAACUCACUGGAGCUUAACUCAAGAGGCAGCAAUUGCUCAGAGCACCUGUCUUGCAAAGGCUUCUCUUUGAGCCUCAGUGAAAUGUCUGUGUUGGACAGCUACAGAAAGUCUAGGUAGAGUUAAAAGUUGAGGUCUUGCAAAGGCAGUAAAGAAGAUAUCUGCAGGUUUUGCAAUCUGUUUUUAGAUGAUAACCCCAAUGAAAAUAUGUAUAAUACGUUUAUGUGGGAUAUAUCUACUAAAUAGUAUAUUUUGUCACAUAUUAUCUACACAAUGCAUAAGAGAAUGGUUCAAUUACAGCCUUAUGUUCUCCAUUAACCCCUUAUUGAUUUUCCAUCAUGCUGACCUUGCUGUUUUUGUUAUUUUAAAAUAUUUGAUAUGAGUAUAGAUUUUAAUGUUUUCAUUUCCUGCCCCCUUUCUUUUUCUGGUUUAGAGUACUCACCGGAUACUAAUAGUAGCAUUGUAUGUGCAUCAUUGUCUAAAGAGCUCAACAAGGAGAAUUGCCAACCAGAAAGCAAGAUGGAUACAGCCUGUGGAAAGUAUUCCCCUAUACAAAUUUCAUCCGAUGAAGUAGAGGAAGGGGAAAUUAUAAGUGACGAGGAAGAAUCUUUAAAAACAGAAGAAAAAGAAAUGCCUCCAGACCUUACAAGUCCAAAGCAAACUAUUAUUGCAGAGAAAGUUAAGCGGAGUCCAACUCCAGUAGUCUGCAAAAGAGAUGUGGCACCUUCAUUCAACCACAAUAGAAUUGUGACCCCUGAAAGACAAACCACCUCUAAGACUAAGGAAAAGACAAAAACUAGAAAUAAGACCAAGUUAAUACCGUUACCAGAAAAUAUGAGAAAAAAAUUUAAUGACUCUUGCCUUGAAGGCGUUGUUAAUAUUGUCCAACCAUCAAAUGUACAGGAUGUACUUCAAAUGUUACAUGCUGUUAGAAUGCACAUGAGAGUCAAGUACAUGAAAUUUAAGAUUCAGGUUUCAUUUCGCCAGUUCCAUAGAGUUAUUGAAAAUGGAUGUUUAUAUUUUAUAACCCUUAUAAAGAGACUGGACUGGUCUCCUAUAUGUUCAACACCUGACACUGUGAAAAAGUCUAUAUGUAAAUGCAUAGAAUCCAAGUUUAACCAGAUUAAAGAAAAUAUGACUGUAGAUCAUAUUUUUGAACAGCA